GCCUAAUAAAAUCAGCCACAUGCCUAAGGUCUAAAGUAUAAGACUGUCCACCUAGCCUUCAAAACAGAGCACUUCCUCAUUCGACCAUAUCACUGAAUUUCAUGCGGCCAAUCAUUCAAACGUGCUAUCAUGGCUCUUGAGCUUUUUAUCCCGCCCUGCAUCAAAUCUCCUGCUGGCCAUCUGCAUCCACCGCGUAUUGAGCAGCCCCUCAGAGUCCAGAUCGAAGGUCCACGAGAAUCAAUUCAAAAGCUUUUCCCAUAUAUAGUGUGGGAAACCAGUCUAGUAGCCCAGAAGUUUCCUCAGACAGCUGGUCCAGCGCUUGCAGCACUCACGUUUCGGCAUAUUUAUGGGGUAGACGUCCGUCCUGAUGUCCGCGGUGAUAUGGUUGUGCGGGACGAAUACAUGGGAUGGGUUAGAGAGGGUAACAAGACAUUAGAGGACAUUGAUUACUAUGGUGUAACAUUCGAUCAUUUAGUUCCCCUGGAUGAUGUCAAUCCUGAAGUAUUACAAAUCAACAUCAUUGAGAUGGAUGAUGAUCAUGGCGAGUAUGCGAACAAAUAUUUACUAUUCUCAGUGGAUGCAUCAGAAUAUAGUGGGAAGAAAGUAUUGGCUGUCCCCAGAUGCUGCCAGAAACGAAAGGGCACACAAGAUCGCCAAAGGGUGAAUGAAUCGGUUUUGGAAAGGGAUGGGCGGCGUUCAAGUUGCUGAGAUAAACCCCAUGUUGUUGUAAGCGACAAUUAUCUGGACCUCGAACAAGUGCAUAAAGACCGAGAUGCUCAGUUAAUUGACAAUGAUGUUGCAACAUGUUUCAAAAG